CGUUGAUGCUUCGACUAACUAGCGUCGGAGCCGAAGAGUCGAUUUAAUUCGACGGCUCUCUUUAUGGUGCUUCACACCAGGCCCGUGAUAGAGUUUAGCAGCCUCUCUGAUGUGCUCGUCUACAGUUGCAAAUGUUAUCAGUCGAUCGAGAUUCGUGAUUAGUGUCAGUAAUGGUGUGUGACUGGAUUUGCUUUAGGCUCAAAAUGUGGUGCCUGUUUCCGCAAUUUUGACAGAUCAGACCUAUGAUGUGAUACCGCAGAAACGGGGAUUGAUUUAGUUGUAAUGCGGCCAGGGGAUGCCAUGUACUGUUUGUGCAGAGGAAUGAGGUGAUGAAGUCCACAAAAUGUCUACUGCACAAGAUGAUGUGGUGUGCAUUAGUGUCUGCUCUGUUGACAAAAGCAGGAGCACAAAAUGAAACUCUGCCUGCUCCUUUGGAAUUUAGUUCGUAUGAGCAAGUAUUUUAUGAUCGGAUACACUUGACCUGGCAGGCACCAAAUGUGACAACAGAUUUCUUCGGUUAUAAGAUUGAUUACUUUCCUGAGGCCCAGCCAAAGCGUGCAAUUCAUAUUACGUUUCAUUUGAAUGUAACAAAUGUCAUCAUACACAAUUUACGUGGACACACUAAUUACGUUUUUUGAUUAUAUGCUAUACGAGAGGAGAAGACAGGAACCGAGGGUAUCCCUGCCAUCCUUAAAGUUAUGACCAUUGAUGCACCCCCUCCUCCCCCAACUCUUCUAGAGGUAUCCCCUUUGGAGACAGGAGGUGUAGCAAUCAAGUGGCUAGCACCUACAGCACCAUUUGAUGGUGAAAUCAAACAGUACGAAAUCACGUUGAGACCUGAAGGAGAGGGAGAAAGUCUCAUUGUUCGAACGAAGAGUUCAACACUGCUAGAGAAGACAGUUGGCGGGUUGAAACAAAACACAACAUAUUUUGUAUUUGUAAAAGCUGUGAGCGGUGCAGGUUCAGGACAAAUGAGUGAAGAAUUGAUAGUCAAAACUGAAGUGCCCCGGUUGGAGCAUGUAGAAACCAAGGACGGUGACACCUCACUGAUUAUCAUUAUGUGCUGUGCCAUCAUCAUUCCAGUCUUUUUGAUUGUUCUUUUUGUUCUGUUGUACAUCUUUGUGCUCAGACCAGCCUUCACGUCACCACGCCAAGAAACAGAAGAGAUUGCACAAGAUCAUUGCAGAACCGAUCCGAAGCUGACAGAGCUGACAAGUAUGAAUGGAAGCAGCAGCAAUCCUUUAGUAGCGAACAGUGAGAAACCUGCUCUAGGAGAAUAAUCAGGCUUACAUACAGACGUGGCAAAACGAGAUUUUUUACAGCUCAGUGUUAACAUGAAAUGCAUAGUGCUGACAUAGGAUAUAUAGAUGGAUCUCGAGAAAGACUGUUGUUGUAUAGAAAGAUGAAGAGUGGUUACUGUUAUGUUGAGUAGCCACGUAAUAGCUUUAGGUUUAUUGCUGUCUUAUUGCAGCCUUUGUGGUACAUGUUCACGUUUGUCUACAGUUUAAUCCAGGUAGUAAAUGUCAUUAAAUAUAUUGCAAUUUGAUGCUUCUGGC